GUGUGUGUGUGUGUGUGUUUGUGUUGUGUGUAAUGGAUUGAAUGGAGGUUCAAGGCUGUGCGAGCGGUCUAAUGGGUUUAUAUUUACCUGCCUGCCUCCAGAUGCUCCUCAAUUUGUUCCAUUAGAAAAACAAAAAAACAGCCCUUCAGAGGAAUUACUUUACUAUGACUGACUGACAUGAAGUACUGAAGCUUCAGAAAACACUUUAUAUAACCUCUACAUCCAAAGCCACAAUUUUUCAUGUACUUAACACCAAUUACUGUUAUUCUAAUGAACAUGAUGUGAUUGCAGGUAAGUCAAGUAGUCAAGACUAAUCUAAAAAGGAGGUCAAAACUCAUCUCUCAAGACUAAGAUCAAACUAGAAAACUAAAACUAUUAUUAUCAUUGUUUUUCUACUGUUGCUGCAACAAUUCAUAUUUUACAACACAAUAUCACAAACUAUCGUGAACGCAGAGGAAUGAUAGAUGCAGGGUCUUAAACAGAGGCUCCUGGUGGCAGUAGACCCUUCAAGAGAAACAUGCCCAUGAGAAAACCUAAGUAGAUGUAGAGCCUUUAAAAGAGGUUCCUUUGCCUACUGGAAAAUAAGUUUCAACGAGAGGUUCCUGUGCAACACAGAGCCUUAAAGAGAGACUCCCGUGGAUGUAGAUCCUUUAAGAAAACUUUUUAAGGGAUGUAGAACCUCAGAGAGAUGUGUAUGAAGUAUUUUUGGGGAUGUAGAGCUCUAAAUACAUUUUUUAGUGGAUGCAGAGCCUGAAAACAAAACUUUGCAGUGGACACAAAGCUUCAACAGAGGUUCAAGGUGGAUAAAGAACACUGUAGAUGAGCUUUAACGAGACUCCCAGUGGAUGUAGAUCCUUAAAGAAAACUUUCAUGUGGACAUCGAGCCUGGAAGAGGUUCCAGGUGGACGCCGAACCUGAAAGCUGAGCUUCGUAUUCUUCACCUUUCCAGAGUGGUCCGUUAAAUGAGAUAAACCCUGUGGUGCUUCAGUAUUAGUCACACUGAGCGUCCAGACAAAGGGAAGAUGCUGCAGCAGGUGUGUCUGUGUGUAAUUGUAAACCAUCACUCACAGGUUUGAAUCCCGUCUUCCCUCCGGUGAUGACAUGACAGUUCGGUGUUAAUCUGCCAAAUCUGCCGUCUGACAUUUAACACGCAGCCCUGAGGCGGUGAAUGUCACGUCCAUCCUGGGAAAACCUGGCGUGUCCUUGGCUGACAGAAUAUAAAAGUCGGCCUAACGGUCAGAGCAACAAAAGAGGAGAAACGACAGAAAUCUCUGUCUGACGGCCGAACGACAAGAAAACACCAGCAAUAAGAAAAGGAAGAGGAGAGACAGAGACAGGACAGAGUGGAGAAUGUGUCCUGCGUGGCUAUUGGUGGCGGUGGUGGUUGUGGAUGUGGCUAGAGGAGCUGUCAGUCAGUGCUGGGAGCAUCCGAGCUGUCAUGACCUCAGCUCUGAGAGCAGCAUGAUGGAGUGCAUCCAACUCUGUCACUCUGACCUCACCGCCGAGACCCCCAUCAUCCCAGGCAACGCCCACCUCCAACCUCCCCCUCUGUCAGACCCCUCCUCCUUCAUCCUGCCGUCCUCCUCCUCCUCCUCACCUCAGGCUAAGCGCUCCUACUCCAUGGAGCACUUCCGCUGGGGGAAGCCCGUCGGUCGCAAGCGCCGCCCAGUCAAAGUCUACACCUCUAACGGUGUGGAGGAGGAGUCUGCAGAGGUUUUCCCCGGAGAGAUGAGGAGGCGGGAGCUGGCCAGUGAGUUGUUGGCGGCAGCAGAGGAGGAGGACAAGGUGCAGGAGGUGAUGGAGGAGGCGGAGGAGGAGGAGCAACAGCAGCUCUCGGAUGGCGAGAAGAAAGACGGUUCAUACAAGAUGAAGCAUUUUCGCUGGAGUGGUCCGCCGGCCAACAAACGCUACGGCGGCUUCAUGAAGAGCUGGGAUGAGCGCAGCCAGAGGCCACUGCUCACACUCUUCAAGAACGUCAUCAACAAAGAUGGACAGCAGCAGAAGUGAGAGGGAGGAGGGGGGAAGGAGGGAAGGAAAGAGGGAGGAAAAAGAGAGAUUACUUUUUACACAGCUGACAGGCAGGCAGCAGAGUUCUCAUUAGCCAGGGAAGCUCAUUAGCAGACAAGUUAGUGACCAACAAAAAGCUCUGAAACUGCUGAUCGUGACUUGAUCCUGAAUGACUGGAAGAGAGAUAAAGAGA